AUGGAACGCUACAGUCAACUAAUACAUGUAACUCAGAAUCGAGUAAAUGGAUCAGCUGUUGCUUUGAAUGAAACCAAGCGUCGAACACAAGAAAUGGUAGCGCUCAAUGAACAAAUGGAAAAAACCAUUCAAAAAAUUCCUGUUUCAAUUCCUAAAACUGAAACAACAACGAGUAUUGAGCGAAGUGCGUGGUUACCAUGGAGAAAAACAACAUCAACACGUAUUACAUCUUCUAUGAUCCUUCCAGAGAAGUUGGCUGCAAUUCAACGCGAGAUUAAUUCACUUAAUGAUCGUUUAAUUGAUAUCGAUAAAGAGGCAAACGAAGCUACAAAUACAAUCGGUCAUCAUGGAAAUACUUUAGUUCAAUGUUUAACUGAUGUUCGAAUUUUAGCGAAGGCGAUCAACAAUGGUGCUACAGCAUAUACGCCAUUAGUUAGCGCUUUGAAAGCUGUCAGAACAUCCGUCGAUGCCCAGAUUGAACUACUCAUGAGUAAAAACCCGACAGAUAUUUUUCUCGGUGGAAAUCAACUGUUGAGACAAGUCGAGUGUCUUGGACAUUAUCAUACAUGUGCUACUAAAUGCUUAGAACCACCACAAGAAUACAACAAUAUUACAAUCAAAGAAAAACUCAAAGCCAUUGAAAUGUCGUGA